AUCAACAAUCAACAAAGCUACCAGCGAUUGACAUCGUGUUCUCUCUCUCUCUCUCAAUUUUGUUGUUGCUGUGGUCGGUCCUACCAUCAACAAUCAACAAAGCUACCAGCGAUUGACAUCGUGUUCUCUCUCUCAAUUUUGUUGUUGUUUACUUUCUUUUAUCUAACUUGCUUUCCAGGCUUGCUUUUCUCUAUUGUUUUUGCAGGGUGUUUCUUGUUUUUGCUUUUUCAGGGUUUCUCUCUCUCUCUCUCUCUAUUUUUAGUGCUAACAAUGGAUGCAGGAUCCAUGAACUCUUCAACAGGGAAAGCACAAACUCGAUGCCCCCUUCAAGAACAGUUUCUUCAUAGGAAAAGUUCUCGAGAAAAUUUGGAUAGAUUCAUACCAAACAGAUCGGCGAUUGAUUUCGAUUAUGCACAUUACAUGCUGACUGAAGGGCGGAAAGGCAAAGAGAACCCAGCUAUGAGCUCUCCAUCCAGGGAGGCAUACCAGAAGCAACUGAAGGAAACCUUCAACAUGAAUCGAACCCGGAUACUGGCUUUCAAAAACAAGCCGCCCACCCCAGUUGAGGCCAUACCAAACGAGUUCUCAGCUAUUCACCAGUCCAAACCCACAAAGCCCCGUCGUUACAUUCCUCAGACUUCCGAGAGAACGUUAGACGCUCCUGACCUGGUGGAUGAUUACUACUUGAACUUGUUAGAUUGGGGUAGCAGCAAUGUUCUUGCUAUUGCUCUUGGAAACACAGUAUAUCUGUGGGAUGCUACUGAUGGUGCCACCUCAGAACUUGUCACCAUUGACGACGAAAAUGGCCCUGUGACCAGUGUCAAAUGGGCUCCUGAUGGACGACACAUUGCAGUUGGCUUGAACAACUCUAAUGUCCAACUUUGGGAUUCUACAGCUAAUCGACAGCUACGAAUCUUGAGAGGUGGCCACCAAUCACGAGUUGGAUCUAUGGAUUGGAACAAUCAUAUUUUGACAACUGGAGGAAUGGAUGGUCAGAUCAUCAACAACGAUGUAAGAGUAAGAUCACAUAUUGUUGAAACCUACAGGGGACACCAUCAAGAAGUCUGUGGGCUAAAAUGGUCAGCCUCGGGUCAACAGUUAGCAAGUGGGGGAAAUGACAAUCUCCUGCAUAUAUGGGACAGAUCGACGGCUUCUUCUAAUUCCCCAACACAGUGGCUUCACAGGCUUGAAGACCACACAGCCGCUGUUAAAGCCCUUGCUUGGUGUCCGUUCCAGGGUAACUUGCUGGCCUCUGGUGGAGGUGGCAGUGACAGGUGCAUAAAGUUUUGGAACACCCACACCGGUGCUUGCUUGAACUCGAUUGACACUGGAUCACAGGUCUGUUCUCUUCUGUGGAACAAGAAUGAGCGCGAGCUGCUUAGCUCUCAUGGCUUUACACAGAAUCAGCUUACGCUUUGGAAGUACCCAUCUAUGGUGAAAGUAGCAGAGCUCACUGGCCAUACAUCCAGAGUUCUUUUCAUGGUUCAGAGCCCAGAUGGAUGUACAGUAGCAUCUGCUGCAGGGGAUGAAACUCUAAGAUUUUGGAAUGUUUUUGGGACUCCUGAAGUGGCAAAACCUGCACCCAUGAAGUGGCGAAACCUGCACCUAAGGCAAAUCCUGAGCCAUUUGCUCACCUGAACCGCAUUCGUUAAGUGGCAUAAACAACAAGGAUGGUGUGGUUGGUAGAGGAGAUUGCAACCUAUGUCAAUUGUUCAUUCGAAACCCCCCAUCCCAUCGUCCAAUCUGUAAGAUAUUCAAUUUUGGAGUGCAAUUCAUCUUGUAUUCUACAAUUCCAUGCUCAGGUAGUGAUGACUAGAUUUGAUUUUUGAGUGCUUCUUUUGUGUGUGUAUCUAUUUGUACCCCAAAUUUUGCUUAAUGGAAAGCCUUCAAUUCCUGUG